AUGUCCAGUCAGUGCACACUUUUUACACCAUGCAGUCAAGUUUCAAGGUACGUUCGAUGUCAGAACUGUGGUGUUCAAAUGAAUCAAAUCAGUUGGAAACAAUGUGUAAUAUGCAAAAAAUUUAAUUUAUGUGAUGAAUGUGCAUCACCAGAUAUUGAAUUAGAAUCUGCAUCCAUUGUUUAUCAUACGCAAUUACAUAAGAAUAUUGGAUACAAUGAGUGUAUCGUUCUGAGAGAAUGUAUGCAAUUGACACAAAUCACGAAAAAUUUCGAAGAUGAAGAAACAAGAGCAGAAGAAUUUUCUCAUAUAAUGAAAAAGAAUAAAAUUCAAAAUGAUUAUGAUAUGUCUAUUGUUGCUGGAACAUUAAAGGAAAUGGGAAAUAGUUCACAAUUGCCAUUUAAACAACAAGAGCAGCAACAAUUGUCUUCCAUGAUCGUAGACUAUCAUACACAAGGAUACGGAAGAAAUAUACAUAUAUUAAGCUUAGAUGGGGGCGGUAUACGUGGUUACAUGCCUAUUCAAAUUAUAUCUCAGUUAAUAGCAAAGAAAUAUCUUCCCGAUAUUGGACAAUUUAAUUCUAAUGAUUCAGAACAUAGAGAACGAUUUAAACAAGUUCAAUCACAAUUUACAAAUAAUUUUGAUUAUUUUGUUGGUACUAGUACUGGUGGACUUAUUGCUUUUUGUUUGGCAGUUAACUAUGAUAUAUCAGAUGUAAAAGAAAUAUAUUCAAAUUUUUCUUACUACUUCGAACGUAACUGGCUUGGUCCUUCGAUAGCAGCUAAAUAUGAUCCCAGUCGUAUACACAAUAAAAUUGACGAAAUUAUCAGUACAAUUACACUGAAAAAUGGUAAGAAAUUAUCAGCUGAAAAUGCUACUUUACUUGAUAUACGUAAUUUCUUAAAUCCUGAUAAUAUGAUUAAUGAUGAUGAUGGAUUAACAUCAAUAUGUUCUCAUGGAAAUCUGUUAGAAUUUGUUGAUGAUAUUGAACAAUAUAAAAAUGAAACUUGCAAUAUUCAUCGUGUUAAACGUGAAAAAGUUUUGCUUAUUGCUGCUUAUAACACAACAAUCAGUAGUAUUACUAUAUUUAAUACAAGUUAUGCUAAACAUUGGCAGUAUCGUAUAGCAGAUGUAUUAAAGGCGACAAUGGCUGCUCCUACAUAUUUUCCACCACAUAAACUAUACAAAGGAAAAAUUGAAAACGGUCAUUUUGUGCCAUUUAAGCAUCAUGAAAUAUUUAUUGAUGGUGGUGUAUUUGCCAAUGAUCCAGAAUUGAUAGCUAUAUUUGCAAUACGAAUGCAGUGGAAAAAAAUUAUCAAUUAUCAUUUACUUUCUAUAGGUACAGGGCACUAUGCUGACGACUUAUCAGCUCCAAACUUGAGUGGCUAUCUAGGAUGGAUAGUCAACAAAGGAUUACUCGUUAAUACAUUCCUUGAAGCUACACGUAGUUUUACGGAAAUAAUUACGAAUAAUUUAUCUAAAGCUAGUGAUAUCAAACGGAUGAAAUUUAAUUUUAGAAUAAAAAAACCUAUGGAAUUAGAUGAUCCGAGUUUUAUCGACGAAUUUGAUAAAGAAUGGAAAUUUUUGCAAAAUGGAGAAGAUUUUCAAACAUUAAUGACUUUUUAUGAUAAAUAUAUUUAUAUGGGAUCAAAUUAA